AUGCCACCAGUAUCAGCUUCCAAAGCGAAAAGAGACGCAAAAAAGGCUGAAAGAGAAGCCAAGAAGAAAGCGGACGGUAAAACCGUCAGAAAGCUUGGUAAGAAGAAGGAAGAGAAAGUAGAGGAAGAUGAGGCAGAGUUAGCUGCCAAGGAAAUUAACCAGUUAAAACUACAGCAAGAUGAACAUGGUCUUUCUGAUCGUGUUGUCACAGGUGUUCUAGAUUCUUUGGAGACUUCAAGAGAUAUCAAGCUAUCAUCUGUCUCCUUACUGUUCCACGGUAAAGUUUUGAUUCAGGACUCUAUUCUUGAACUCAAUUAUGGUCGUAGAUAUGGGCUUUUAGGUGAAAAUGGUUGCGGUAAGUCUACAUUUUUGAAGGCCUUGGCUACAAGAGAAUACCCAAUUCCUGAACACAUAGACAUUUACUUGCUAGAUGAACCAGCUGAACCAAGUGAGUGGUCCGCUUUGGAAUAUGUUGUUAGAGAAGCCGAAGCCGAGUUAAAGAGAUUGGAAGACUUGGUUGAACGCAUUAUCAUCGAGGAUGGUCCAGAAUCAGAUGUGUUGGACGGUAUCUACGAAAAGAUGGAUUCCUUGGACCCUGAUACCUUUGAGAGUAGAGCAGCCGUCAUUUUGAUCGGUUUGGGUUUCAAUGCCAAAACUAUUUUGAAGAAAACUAAAGAUAUGUCUGGUGGUUGGAAAAUGCGUGUUGCCUUAGCAAAGGCAUUAUUUGUCAAGCCAACUUUACUAUUAUUGGAUGAUCCAACCGCACAUUUAGAUUUGGAAGCCUGUGUUUGGUUAGAAGAGUAUUUGAAAAGAUUUGAUAGAACCUUAGUUUUGGUCUCCCAUUCUCAAGAUUUCUUGAAUGGUGUUUGUUCCAACAUGAUUGAUAUGAGAGAACAAAAGUUAAUGGCGUAUGGUGGUAAUUAUGAUUCCUAUGUUAAGACCCGUUCAGAAUUGGAAACAAAUCAAAUGAAACAAUACAGUAAACAACAGGAAGAAAUUGCUCAUAUCAAGAAAUUUAUUGCAUCAGCUGGUACAUACGCUAACUUGGUGAGACAAGCCAAAUCAAGACAAAAGAUCCUUGACAAAAUGGAGGCUGAUGGUUUAAUUCAACCCGUUGCUGGUGAUAGAGUUUUCUCUUUCAGGUUCCCUCCGGUAGAAAGAUUACCACCACCUGUCUUGGCUUUUGAUGAUAUCAGUUUCUCUUAUGAUGGGAACAAAGAAAAUAAUUUAUACGAACAUUUGAAUUUUGGUGUUGAUAUGGAUUCCAGAGUUGCACUAGUUGGUCCAAAUGGUGUUGGUAAAUCUACUUUAUUAAAAAUCAUGACUGGUGAAUUAACACCACAAGGUGGCCGUGUUUCGAGACAUACCCAUGUUAAAUUGGGUGUUUACUCUCAACAUUCACAGGAUCAAUUGGAUUUGACCAAAUCAGCUUUGGAAUUUGUUCGUGACAAGUAUCCACAAAUUUCUCAAGAUUUCCAAUAUUGGAGAGGGCAAUUGGGUCGUUAUGGUUUAACUGGUGAAGGACAAACUGUCCAAAUGGGUACACUAUCAGAGGGCCAACGUUCUCGUGUUGUCUUCGCUCUGUUGGCAUUGGAACAGCCCAAUGUUUUGCUACUGGACGAACCUACUAACGGUUUGGACAUUCCAACAAUCGAUUCUUUGGCUGAUGCUAUUAAGGAAUUCAAUGGUGGUGUCGUUGUUGUUUCACAUGAUUUUAGACUGCUUGAUAAGAUUGCAAAGGACAUUUUUGUAGUUGAACAUAAAACAGCCACUAGAUGGGAUGGUUCCAUUUUACAAUACAAGAACAAGCUUGCCAAGAACGUUGUCUUGUGA